GGAGAUCUAAAAACGUAAACAUUCAUAAUUAAAGCCAUUCUUAGCUUUUGCUCAAUAAACUUAUUGCAGUAAUGCCAAUUAUAGUCCUUCACCGGUCGCCGAAAGUGUUCGUCUGCUAAAAUGCACAGUCACGGCGCCAGCAAAGUUGUUGCUACUCUCCGCGCGGACGGCCAUGUCUACCCCAUGGAAAACUCCAAUUCCAACCUGAUGCACUACGAGAUCCGCACCGAAGGGGAUGUCCAGCAAAAGAAGGGGAACCUGCUGGGGCCGGCCACAUGCGUGGACCUGGGCAAACAGCUGCUCCAGUGCGCCAGGGACAGCGAUGUGGCGGGGGUCAAGGCGGCGCUGGCGCAUGGAGCGCCUUUCGCCUCCGACUGGCUCGGUAUGUCGGCACUUCACUUUGCCGCCAUGAACAAUCAGCUGGAGAUUUGCGAAAUCCUUCUGCAGGGCGGCAUUAACAUGGACGCCAAGACCAAGGUGGACCGAACGCCGCUGCACCUGGCCUGCUACUACGGGCACGAGCGGGUUGUCAGUUUGCUGCUAGCUCUAAAGUGCAGCGUCAACUCCCGCGACAUGCUUCGCAUGACCCCGCUGCACUGGGCGGUUGAGAAAAGGCACAAGGGAAUUGUGCGCUUGCUGCUCAAGUGCCAGGCAGAUGUCGCCUUGGUUUCCAAAUUCGGCAAGACGCCGAUCGGACUUGCCGUGUACACGGAACAAGCGGAUGUGCUGGCGGAGCUGGAAGCGGCACGGCAGGCGCAGGCCAGUAAAAAGUUCAACGAGGAAUCGGAGAAGGAAACCAGUGAAGCUGUCAGCUCAAUAAUGGAUGAGCCGGAAAUAAUUAAAAACAUAGACGACCGAGAAAUGUCGGUGGAAGAACGAAUGGAUGUCCUGGAAAACCUGCGGGGCCAUGCAAACGUGCUGCGGAACACUGCGCUCAACAUGCUAAAGACGCACGGAAUCGCAGACAUGGUGCAGGACAACGAUGACGAGGCCUCGAAAGAAAUGCUGAACACCGCGUUGCAGAACGGACGCCAGCUUGUCCUCUCGGAAGGUGGACGCAUGCUGCUGCACGAAACAAAAUCGGGCGUCAGCGGCAAGCAAUCCAUGAACGGAAAUGGCCGGCCAUCGGUCGUUGCUCUCCGCACAAAUGUUAAUAACCCUCAUCCCAAGAUUCGCAUGAAUGUCAUCAAGCAGAAGGAUCUUUCCUCGCCGGCGGGGGUUGCCAAGAACAAGAAUAUACGCAUAAUCUCGUUGACUGAUUUUAAGAAACUCUACGGAUCGGACAACCAGCCAAAGUCCCUACAGAAAAUACCCGCAUCGUUGGCAAGCUCUGGAAUGGUGCGGCAGCUUCCCGAUGGCACAAAGCUAGUCAACAUGCGCCAGUUGCAGGCUCGACAGUUAAAGCUCCCUUCUCUGCAAAGACCUUUGGAGCCCACUUUGCUAGAAGACUCACACAGCCUAAACGAAGCCGCCAUCCCAGCUCCACUGCCUUCAAACCAUCCCGCGUCCGGCAGUUCGCUUCGGGGACAAGUGGGCACCGUCCAGACCAUUCAGCUGCGACCUUCACUCUCGGCAGGAUCCGGGCAAUGUACAGCAAACAACGGGGCGGCACCCAGCAAGGCAAUCGUCAAUGCGACGAAGCAGCCGACGGCGAAGUCUCCGAACGUGAUGCCGCUGCUCACUUCCUCGGAGAUUUGUCGACAGCUCCACGAGCUGCGGCGUCAGAACGAAGAACUGCGGCGGCGAGCAGACUCCUUUCAGCGGGAAAAGGAGGAGAUGCUGAGGCGCAUAGACCGCCUGGAGCAGAUGGUGCUGGUGCAGGAGUCGGAGGCGGACUUGGAUUUUGGAGAGGACGUUUAGUUAGUGCUAAGAUAGGUUUGAUGUAAGUAUAUUAAGGUAUUGUUAGGAUAGUGAGCCAAGUGCAUUUGUAAAUCAUUCAGCAAAAUGACUAUUUCAUACCAUUUCUUUAUCGGAACCAAAUUAACUUGAUUGCUAAGAGAAAUUCAACAAAUUCGGAUGUAGAUACAAAUAUAUUGUGCUAAAAAUUCAUGUUUAAUCCAUCA